UAAACAACAUAACAAUCCGUCAAACCUAUAUUUUGAUCGAAAAUGGCAUCCUCUGGAGCACAGUGUGAGAGCGACGAUGACAUGGACGAGUUCAUGGACAAAUUCAAGACCCAGAGAUAUAAAAAUGCUUUACCUGAAGACAGCUGGGAAGAGGAGUUUAAUAAAAUCCCUAUGUUCAUGAAAACAGCCCCUGAAGAGAUUGAUCCCAAAAAAUACCCAGAACUAGCCUGUCUCCAGGCCAUCAUCCACGACGAAGACAGACCCCCAGAAGAGCAGGCAAAGAGCCUGAAAGAUGAAGGAAACGUGUAUUUCAAGGAGAAGAACUACCAAAAGGCCAUACUCUAAAAAUAAUCCACGUGGAUUCUGUUUCUGUCUGUACAAAUAUGAACUGCAGAUUAUAAAUGGUUUAAAGGUGUUUUAUUCAAGUGCUGAAUUGGACAAAAUGAUAAUAGGUAUAAACAAAUGAUAUGAGUGCUUGUAAGUAAACAUGAAAAAAAGUAAACAAAGUCUUCUGACUUUAUUCUUUGACAAAGACUUGAGUCCCUUCCUAAACAUGCCAGUAUGUUCCUGAACCCUGAAUGUUAGUCAACAGUUCAGCUUUAUUAUAUAUUAAAGAAAAUAUAAGAUGCGAGACAUACUGUGUUAACGUUUGUCCAAUUAGGUUUGUCAAUGCAGAUGUUGGUGCAACUAAAAUAACUUCUGCUUCUCUAUAAUGAUGAUGUGCAACAGUAAGACAAUAGACAGCUCAGCCAGGUAUGACCUCCCUAAAGCUUUUUUUUUUUUUGUAAUUUGAUUAAUUACUAAGGUCCUCUUGCCAAGUAAGGCCUACGUCACCCUCAGCCUUUCCUGUAAAUCAGUGAGAGAGCGAGUGAUUUAAGAGAAUUUGUUUCUCUGUGAAUAUAAAAACCAGACUGGCCGUUUGAGUCAU